GCCUUGAUGAAUUUGACCAUGUUGCACUCUGCUUUGGUUGGGCACUUCUGCACUUUUCUUCUCUCUUUGUCUCCUUCUUUCACCCACCCUCCAACCCACACUAUCGGAGUUUAAAUAGAGCGAAUGAGAUUUUGAAAACUGCAGUUGCCGCACAAAGGGACAUUCUUUCUCUCUCUUUUAUUUUUAUGAGUGAAAAGAAACGUUCCUUACCGUUUGAAAAUGAAGAUCCGAAGCGACAACGAAGGUCUACACUAGAAUUUGCUGCAGAUAAUCAAUUCUUGCUUGAAGAUUAUUUUUCAUUGGCUAUUGUCCUUUUGGAUCCAACAAAGAUAUUUAUAUUUAAAGAAAGAAAAGAUGAAUACAUCCAUAUGCUGGCUAAGCAUGCAGUUAAACUUGCUCAUGGCAAUCUCUUGAAUACAAUUGAAAGAAUGUUGAGUUUGGUUGAUAGCGAUACGUCAGAUCAGGAACUGAAUCUGUUGCUCGCCAAAAUGAAGGAUAUAGAUAAAGAAAGAGAAUAUGCGUUCAUUACUUGCACCAUACAGUGCCUAAAAAACAAGACGUCAAGAAUAGAUGACAUUAUACGAUCACAGCUUGACAGCAGAUCGUUGUUACAACAAGUGCUAUUUCAUGAUGUCCGAUUUGCAAGAUUACUGCCUUUAUUUCACUUUUUAUUUAAUUAUGAUCCCAGUAUGGUUACCACUCCUUCAUAUGAGAAUGGAGUAUCUGCAAGCUAUAAAAGUUCUUCCAUGAUUGGCACUAUUGCAAAUUCACAGGGUACCUUUUCAUAUUCAUCCUCUUUUGAUGAUUUCAUAUCUAGAAUACCUGAUACAAACUAUGAUGAACCACAUGAUAUGCAAGAGUUUAGUAUCAUAAGUGCUACUAUGGACAGUGAUGAUAAUAUCAUGGAUGACACUACUACACAAGAAUCUAGACAAAAAUUUAGUGUAGCAGGAAACGAAAAGACGACUUUAUGUUAUAAUGACUUGAUAUUAGACGAAAUAAAGGUCGGAGAGAAUGUACUAGAUGACUCUGUGAAGGCGAGCAUCAUUCAGCACCUAAAGACAAACAAGCCAAAUAUUUGGGAAAAGAUCGUGAAUUAUGAGCCUGUGGAUAUUGAUGAAUGCUAUGAAGGCUUAGAAUGUAAAAAGAGUGUCCUGAGUGCCUUUCUAGAUGAAUUUGUAAAUUGUGUGACACGAAUGUUUAUGCAGUCUAAACAAAACUAAAUGUGUUGUUAGGGCUGUUUGAAGUCUAAAAAUAAAAUCAAGCUCAGCUAAAGAUGAGCUUCGUUUCUUGUUUAUAAAGUAGUGCUUGAGGGGGUCUUCUGGUCGUCUAUUAAGUAGCAGCUAGCCUCUUUUUGUUAACAUGGCAAUGUUUGACAGAUUUUUUUUAUUAUUAUUCUUUGGCACAUUAAGUGAAGCUAAACAACUCAUGUGCAUUUGGCAUACUCAACAGUAUCAUUUUAUAUAAUGUCUUCUAUUCAGGUUAUAACUAUCCAC